GCAGAGGAACUGCUGGUGAAGAAAGCAGCAGAUGGAGAUCCUCGGGCAUGUUUUCUGAAAGGACAGCUGUACUAUGAAGAGGGGUUGUAUGAAAAAGCAUUAACAGAAUUUGAAAAAAUCAAGGAUACAGAUUUUCAAGCAAUGUAUCAGCUUGGUGUCAUGCAUUAUGAUGGACUAGGCACCAAAGAAGACCCCGAAAAGGGAGUAGAAUAUAUGAGGAAAAUACUUGACUCUGAUUCCCCAAAAGCAAAGCACUUGAAGUUUGCAGCUGCAUACAAUCUUGGCAGAGCACAUUAUGAAGGUUGUGGUGUUAAGCAGUCGACUAAGGAGGCUGAAAGGUUGUGGCUUACUGCUGCAGACCAUGGGAACCCAAAAGCAAGUGUGAAAGCCCAGGCUACUUUAGGAAUGCUUUAUUCUGUGUCAGUUCUGAAAGAUCUGAAGAAGGCCUUUUUCUGGCAUUCACAAGCAUGUGGCAACGGAAAUCUGGAAUCACAGGGAGCACUUGGUGUUAUGUAUCUCUAUGGACAAGGUGUAUCUCAAAACACUAAGGCUGCUUUGGAGUGUUUGAGAGAAGCAGCAGAACGUGGAAACAUCUAUGCUCAAGGCCAUCUUGUGGAAUAUUACUACAAAAGAAAAUUUUACUCAACAGCUGCUGCGUUAGCCAAAAGGGUUACAGAAAAUGAUGACAUUGAUAUGCUAGCAACAGUAACUGAUUGUGUUCCUACAUAUAUAGCCAAGGGGGUUGCUAUGGCUGCUUUCUACUUGGCUAGAUGUCUCCAGCUUGGGCGAGGUGUGCAGCAAGAUCAAGCUGCUGCUAAAAAAUACUAUUCUAAGGCAUGCCUUCUGGAUCCUGGUGUUGCUAUCGACCUUGAACUGGCAGCUAAUCUUGGGAGAAUUUAG